AGCUGAGCAUGCAGAGCUCCCCCAAGAUGAAGACGACGGCCUUGCUCGUCCUCCUCCUGCUCACCUCCCUCCUCGCCGCCGCCUCCAGCAACAAGGACCGCUGCCACCCCGCCGACAAGGCCGCGCUGCUCGCCAUCAAGGCUGCCCUCGGCAACCCUUACCACUUCGCAUCCUGGACGCCUGACACGCCCUGCUGCGACUGGUACGACGUCGACUGCGACCCCUCCACCGGCCGCGUCGUCGGCCUCUCCGUCUUCCAGGACGCCAACCUCACCGGCACCAUCCCUGACGCCAUCGCCGGCCUCGUCCACCUCCAGAACCUCAUGCUGCACCACCUCCCCGCGAUCUCCGGCCCCAUCCCGCCGGCCAUCGCCAAGCUCUCCAACCUCUCGCUUCUCAUCAUCUCCUACACCGGCGUGUCCGGCCCCGUGCCGUCCUUCCUGGGCAAGCUCACCGCGCUCACCUUACUCGACCUCUCCUUCAACUCCCUCACGGGCGCCAUCCCCGCGUCGCUCGCCGACCUCCCCAGCCUCUCCAGCAUCGACCUCAGCCGCAACCGCCUCACGGGCUCCCUGCCGCCGCUGCUCUUCAGCAAGGCGCCGCAAGAGGCUUACCUAAGGCUGUCGCACAACAACCUCUCCGGCACCAUCCCCGCCGAGUUCGCCGCCGUGAGCUUCGCGGAGGUCGACCUGUCGCGCAACGCAUUCACCGGCGACGCCUCCGGUCUCUUUGGCCGGGCAAAGGCACUGCAACACCUGGACCUGUCGCGCAACGCCUUCAGCUUCGACCUCUCCGUCGUGGAGCUGCCGGAGCAGCUCGACUCCGUGGACUUGAGCCACAACGCCAUCUACGGCGGCAUCCCGGCGCAGGUGGCGAACUUGAGCAACCUGCAGUUCUUCAACGUGAGCUACAACCGGCUCUGCGGCGCGGUGCCCACCGGCGGCAACAUGGCAAGAUUCGAUGCCUACUGCUACCAGCACAACAAGUGCUUGUGUGGAACUCCACUUCCGCCAUGCAACUGAUCUGAUCCAUCACCAGUUUUUAAUUGUAAUCUUUAUUGUCAUCGAAGAAAUAAAAUCAUUCACAUUAUUAUCCGUUGUAGCACUGAUCGAUGUAAUGCUAUGGAUUAAAGACAAAUGAUCGACUUUCCCUUUGUUGGAAUUCCGGUACCAAAUUAAAGCAAUUGCGAUUCUA